CUGCUCGACCCCUAGUUGCUGCGACAAAACUACGCGCGACUCGGAUUUCAACACCAAUCACCCAGACCGAGAGAGCUGCUGAGCUUGCUUUCUUACAUAUCCAUUUCGCAAUGGAUUAUCUUCCCCCUCCUCCCCCUCCUCCCCCUGGGCCUCCGGGUGCUGGUUACGCGCCUCCACCACCUCCUCCUCCGCCGCCUCCUCCGCCUCCAGGAUCGAUACCUCCUCCCCCCGGUCCACCUGGUUCUCGACCCCCCUUAGAUCCUCAGAUUGCGAAAUUUGCCCAGAAGAAGAAGGAAUGGCUUCGGCGACAGCGACAGAGAUUUGGGGAACGUCGCAAGGCGGGCUUUGUGGAAACACAAAAAGCCGACCUGCCCCCGGAGCAUCUGCGCAAGGUUUUCAGGGAUAUCGGCGAUGUAUCGCAAAAGAAAUUCACAAGCGACAAACGUAGCUAUCUGGGAGCACUCAAGUUCAUGCCGCAUGCAGUCUUGAAGUUGCUCGAAAAUAUGCCCAUGCCGUGGGAAAGCAGACGAGAUGUGAAGGUUCUCUAUCACACUAAUGGAUGUCUCACUCUUGUGAAUGAGAUUCCACGUGUCAUCGAACCGGUUUUCCACGCGCAGUGGGCGGCAAUGUGGAUAGCGAUGCGUAAAGAGAAGAGUGACCGUCGUCAUUUCAAGCGCACCAAAUUACCGCCCUUCGAUGAUGAGGAUCAGCCGACAGAUUAUGCGGCGAACAUUCAAGAUACUGAGCCGCUGGAGCCCAUCACCCUCGAGCUCGAUGAAGAGGAAGAUGAGGCUGUUAUAGAUUGGUUUUAUGAGCACCGUCCGUUGCUCGAUACCCCACAUGUCAACGGCCCGAGCUACGAAACUUGGAACCUGGACCUUCCACAGAUGGCGACUAUGUAUCGACUGAGUCGCUCCUUACUGAGUGACGUUGUCGAUAAGAAUUAUUUCCACAUGUUCGAUCUCGACAGCUUCUUGACUGCCAAAGCGUUGAAUGUUUCCAUGCCUGGAGGACCCCGGUUCGAGCCCUUAUACAAAGACAUCGACCCCAACGAGGAAGACUUUGGCGAGUUCAACGCAAUCGACCGCAUCAUAUUCCGAUCUCCCGUGCGGAAUGAGUACAAAAUUUCAUUCCCUUUCCUUUACACUUCACUUCCACGCAGCGUCAAGUUAUCGUGGUAUUCACAUCCUCAGGUGGUCUAUAUCCGUUCCGAGGAAAACCCUGAUCUACCUGCCUUCUACUUCGAUCCAAUGAUCAACCCUAUAUCAUCCCGAGCGGUUGCGCCAAAGAACAUAACCGUCAGCCACGAAGACGAAGUCUUUGGCUUUGGCAACGAAGACGAUGAUGAAGACGACUUCCAGAUGCCCGAGGACAUCGAGCCUUUCAUGACUGAUGAAGAGCUAUACACCCCCGACACAGCUUCUGCUAUCGCCCUGUGGUGGGCCCCCCAUCCAUUUGACAAACGAUCUGGUAGAAUGGUGCGCGCACAAGAUGUUCCACUAGUCAAACAGUGGUACCUUGAGCAUGUACCUGCUGGUCAGCCCGUCAAAGUUCGAGUGUCUUACCAAAAGUUAUUGAAGACCUAUGUGCUCAAUGAAUUGCACAAGCGCCCAGCAAAGGCACAGAACAAGCAAAACUUGAUGCGCACAUUGAAGGGAACAAAGUUCUUCCAGCAAACUAAGAUCGACUGGGUUGAAGCUGGACUUCAAGUCUGCCGCCAGGGAUACAAUAUGCUGAAUCUCCUGAUUCAUAGGAAAAAUCUCACGUAUCUGCAUCUGGACUACAACUUCAACUUGAAGCCUGUCAAGACCUUGACUACUAAAGAACGCAAGAAGUCCCGAUUCGGAAACGCCUUCCAUUUGAUGCGCGAAAUCUUGCGAUUGACCAAACUCAUUGUGGAUAUGCAUGUUCAGUACCGUAUGGGCGUGGAUGACGCUUUUCAACUCGCUGACGGUAUUCUCUACGCAUUCAAUCACGUUGGUCAGCUAACGGGCAUGUACCGUUACAAGUACAAACUCAUGCACCAGAUUCGCUCUUGCAAAGACUUGAAGCAUCUCAUAUACUACCGCUUCAACGCUGGUCCAGUAGGCAAGGGUCCUGGUAAUGGCUUCUGGGCUCCUGCCUGGCGCGUUUGGCUAUUCUUCAUGCGUGGUAUUAUCCCAUUGCUUGAACGCUGGCUGGGCAACUUGCUUUCUCGUCAAUUCGAAGGCAGACACAGCAAAGGUGUCGCCAAAACAGUGACGAAACAGCGAGUCGAGUCUCAUUUCGACUUGGAGCUUCGUGCCGCUGUUAUGAGUGAUCUCACCGAUAUGAUGCCAGAAGGCAUUAAGCAAAACAAGGUCCAUACCGUCUUACAACAUCUCUCUGAAGCCUGGCGAUGCUGGAAGAGCAACAUUCCGUGGAAAGUUCCUGGGCUGCCGGCUCCCAUAGAGAACAUUAUCCUGCGGUAUGUCAAAUCUAAAGCUGACUGGUGGGUAUCGGUAGCCCACUACAAUCGCGAGCGUAUCCGACGAGGCGCCACAGUGGACAAGACUGUCGCGAAGAAGAAUCUGGGUCGGUUGACUCGCCUAUGGCUAAAAGCUGAGCAAGAACGUCAACACAAUUACAGAAACACUGGCCCGUACGUGUCUUCAGAAGAAGGUGUCGCCAUCUACACAACCAUGGUACAUUGGCUAGAGGCGCGGAAAUUUCAGGCAAUCCCCUUCCCUAGUGUCAACUACAAGCACGAUACCAAGAUCCUGAUCCUUGCCCUUGAACGUCUUCGAGAAGCCUAUUCGGUCAAAGGCCGUCUAAACCAGACGCAACGUGAAGAGCUGGCUUUGAUCGAACAGGCCUACGAUUCACCAGGAACUACUUUGGCGAGAAUCAAACGCUUUUUGCUCUCGCAAAGGGCGUUCAAAGAGGUCGGAAUCGAUAUGAAUGACAACUACAGCACAAUCAAUCCCGUGUAUGAUGUCGAACCGAUGGAAAAAAUCACAGAUGCAUACCUCGACCAGUAUCUUUGGUAUCAAGCUGACCAGCGACACCUCUUCCCUGCCUGGAUUAAGCCUUCUGAUACAGAGGUUCCCCCUCUUCUCACGUACAAAUGGGCCCAGGGAAUCAAUAAUCUCGAUAAGGUCUGGGAGUAUCAGAACGGUGAAUGCAACGUUAUGAUUGAGACCCAGCUUUCCAAGGUCUAUGAAAAAAUGGACAUCACUCUUCUCAACCAAUUGUUGCGAGCGAUCAUGGAUCAUAACCUGGCAGACUACAUCACAUCGAAGAACAACGUUAACCUCAACUAUAAAGACAUGAACCAUGUGAACUCAUAUGGUAUGAUAAGAGGUCUCCAGUUCAGUGCAUUCAUUUUCCAAUACUACGGUCUUGUUUUGGAUAUUCUUCUCAUGGGUCUUCAACGCGCAAACGAGAUGGCAGGAACUCCGGAUGCUCCGAACGACUUUUUGCAGUUCAAAGAUGUAGAUACGGAAGUGCGACAUCCUAUCCGGCUAUACACGCGCUACAUUGAUCGAAUUUGGGUGUUCUAUAGGUUCACCGCGGAGGAAAGCCGAGAUUUGAUCCAGCGAUUCCUGACAGAGUCGCCAGAUCCCAAUUUCGAAAAUGUCAUUGGGUAUCACAACAAGAAGUGUUGGCCUCGCGAUUCGCGAAUGCGUUUGAUGCGUCACGACGUAAAUCUUGGGCGCGCCGUGUUCUGGGACAUGAAGAAUCGUCUUCCGCGUUCCCUCACUACCAUCGAAUGGGAUGACACAUUUGCCAGCGUCUACAGUCGCGACAACCCCAAUCUCCUUUUCUCUAUGUGUGGUUUUGAAGUGCGUAUUCUGCCAAAGAUUCGGAAUCUCGGCGAUGAGUUCCCCGUCAAGGACUCCGUGUGGUCAUUGGUCGACAAUGCAACCAAGGAACGAACCGCACACGCUUUCUUGCAAGUUACGGAGGAAGACAUUGCCAAGUUCAACAAUCGCAUCCGGCAGAUUCUGAUGUCUUCUGGUUCCACAACGUUCACCAAGAUUGCCAACAAGUGGAACACUACUCUUAUCGCUCUCUUCACAUAUUACCGUGAAGCGGCAGUCUCGACUGUGUCACUCCUUGAUACCAUUGUCAAGUGCGAAACUAAGAUUCAAACUCGGGUGAAGAUUGGUCUCAACUCAAAAAUGCCAUCGCGCUUCCCACCAGCAGUUUUCUAUACACCCAAAGAGCUUGGUGGACUGGGUAUGAUCUCAGGAUCUCACAUUCUUAUUCCUGCCAGCGACAAACGUUGGUCGAAACAGACAGACACCGGUGUGACGCACUUCCGUGCAGGCAUGUCUCAUGACGAAGAGACGCUCAUCCCGAACAUCUUCCGUUAUAUCAUUCCCUGGGAAUCCGAAUUUGUCGACUCACAACGUGUUUGGAUGGAAUACUCUCAGAAGCGACAGGAAGCUCAUCGACAGAAUCGACGACUGACCUUAGAGGACCUCGAAGACAGCUGGGAUCGUGGAUUGCCUCGUAUUAACACUCUGUUUCAGAAGGAUAGGAGUACCCUAAGCUUCGACAAGGGCUUCCGUGCCAGAACCGAGUUCAAGAUCUACCAACAUAUGAAGAGCAAUCCUUUCUGGUGGACUAGCCAGCGCCACGAUGGAAAACUGUGGAAUUUGAACGCGUACCGGACGGACGUGAUUCAAGCCCUGGGCGGUGUGGAAACCAUACUUGAGCAUACCCUGUUCAAGGCAACUGCUUUCCCAUCCUGGGAGGGUCUGUUUUGGGAAAAAGCGAGCGGUUUCGAGGAAUCGAUGAAAUUCAAAAAGCUCACCAAUGCUCAACGAUCCGGUCUCAACCAAAUUCCAAAUCGUCGUUUCACCCUCUGGUGGUCCCCAACAAUCAACCGCGCCAACGUUUACGUUGGUUUCCAAGUCCAACUGGAUCUUACAGGAAUCUUCUUGCAUGGCAAGAUUCCUACUCUGAAAAUCUCACUCAUCCAGAUUUUCCGCGCCCAUCUUUGGCAAAAGAUUCACGAAUCUGUAGUAAUGGAUCUCUGCCAGGUCUUUGACCAGGAACUGGAAGCCUUGGGGGUCGAAACAGUGCAGAAAGAAACGAUUCACCCGCGAAAAUCGUACAAGAUGAACAGCUCCUGCGCUGACAUUCUUCUCUUCGCAAGCCACAAGUGGAGCGUAUCCUCGCCAUCGAUGCUGUACGACAACAAGGACAAUAUGUCCGCAACAACAACCAAUAAGUUCUGGCUCGACGUCCAGCUGCGUUAUGGCGAUUAUGAUUCUCACGACAUUGAGCGUUAUGUUCGUGCCAAAUAUCUAGAUUACACGCAAGAUACGAUGUCCAUCUAUCCAUCAAGCACAGGUUUGAUGGUCGCGAUCGACCUUGCAUACAACCUGUACUCGGCUUAUGGCCAAUAUUUCCCAGGUCUCAAACAGCUCAUGCAGCAGGCUAUGGCUAAGAUCAUGAAGGCUAACCCUGCCCUAUAUGUUCUAAGGGAGCGUAUCAGGAAAGGUCUACAGCUCUACGCUUCGGAAAGCAACCAAGAGUUCCUCAAUUCACAGAACUAUUCUGAGCUUUUCAGCAACCAGGUUCAGUUGUUCAUCGACGAUACCAAUGUGUAUCGUGUCACGAUUCACAAGACUUUCGAGGGUAAUUUAACGACUAAGCCAAUCAAUGGUGCUAUCUUCAUCUUCAAUCCACGCACCGGGCAACUCUUCCUCAAGAUCAUUCACACCAGUGUCUGGGCAGGUCAGAAGCGCCUGGGUCAAUUGGCGAAGUGGAAAACCGCAGAAGAAGUUGCCGCACUGAUUCGUUCCUUGCCGGUGGAGGAACAACCUAAGCAGCUCAUUGUCACUCGCAAGGGUCUACUGGAUCCUCUCGAAGUCCAUUUGCUUGACUUCCCCAACAUCUCGAUCCGUGCAUCAGAGCUGCAGUUACCCUUCCAAGCUGCCAUGAAGGUGGAGAAGCUCGGUGAUAUGAUUCUCCGUGCCACCGGUCCUCAGAUGGUGCUUUUCAACCUUUAUGAUGAGUGGCUUAAGUCGAUCUCUUCCUAUACGGCGUUCUCGAGGCUGAUCUUGAUUCUGAGAUCUCUUCAUGUCAACAUGGACAAAUCCAAGUUGAUACUGCGUCCCGACAAAAGUGUGAUCACGCAGGAGCAUCAUAUCUGGCCCUCUCUUUCUGACGAGGAGUGGAUCAAGGUGGAGACGCAACUCCGAGACCUAAUUCUGCUUGAUUAUGGCAAGAAAAACAAUGUCAAUACGUCAUCGCUCACUAGUAGCGAAGUCCGUGAUAUCAUUCUCGGUAUGGAGAUUUCGGCCCCGUCUAUGCAACGUCAACAGGCGGCCGAGAUCGACAAGCAGCAAGAGGAACAGCAGCAAUUGACAGCUGUUACGACGAAGACGGAGAAUGUUCAUGGUGAGAGUAUGGUAGUGACCACUACGUCUCAAUAUGAGCAAGCAACUUUCGCCUCUAAAACCGAAUGGCGUACACGAGCUGUGGCGACGUCUAACCUUCGCACUCGCGCCAACAACAUCUACAUCAAUUCGGAAGAUGUUAAAGAAGAGGGUCACUUCACAUAUGUCAUGCCCAAGAACGUGCUGAAGCGCUUCAUCGCCAUUGCCGACUUGCGCGUCCAGGUGGCUGGAUAUCUAUACGGCAAAUCUCCUCGCGAUAAUGAUCAGGUCAAGGAAAUUGUCAACAUCGUCAUGGUUCCCCAAGUCGGUAACACACGCGACGUCCAGUUGCCCAAGGAACUGCCUUCCCAUGAAUACCUCGAUGAUCUCGAGCCAUUAGGCAUUAUUCAUACCGUUAGUGGCAGCGAACCUCCAUACAUGCAAGCCAGCGAUGUGACCCAGCAUGCCCGCCUUAUGAACCAGCACAAGAGCUGGGAUAAGAAAACUGUGUCGAUGACGGUCUCCUUCACGCCUGGUUCUGUUUCAGUGGCUGCAUGGGCUCUUACACCUGCUGGUUAUCAAUGGGGAGCGCAAAAUCGCGAUCUGAUCUCAGAUAAUCCCGCCAAUUUUUCGACUUCCUUCGGCGAAAAAUGCCAGUUGCUUCUAUCGGACAAGAUCCGUGGAUACUUCCUCGUGCCGGAUAAUGGUAUUUGGAACUAUAGCUUCAUGGGCAGUACCUUUGGCGACGUGGAGAAGAAGCCAGUUCCCGUCAGGCUAGACACCCCACCCAAGUUCUACGAUGCUAUUCACCGUCCAUUACAUUUCCACAAUUUCGCCGAGUUAGAGGAGGUUUUCGUUGACAGGGACAAUACAUUUGAGUAG